GAAGUGAAAAUGUUAAAAGAUAACAUACAAGUGAAGUGGUGAAGGAAAAUAUUGGAAAAAAUUAUGUUUACGAGGUGUUUGUCCGAACGACAGUUGUAUUUUAUUAAUAUGAGACGUAGAAGGAUAUGCAAAUUUAUGGGUAGCCGCAAAGGCCUCCUCUUCGUGCUGGCCACCCUGCCGGUCUUCUACGUGUCCUGGCAGCUCAGCCAUGCGGUGGGCGAAGCGCUGACCCCUCCACCGCCACCAGACCAGAUUCUUCAUCAUUUGCGGGCAAAUAGGAGUUUGAUUCAUUUUUUGGACAACAUAAACCUCCUCAUAGAACCGUCAUCAGUCUGUCAGAAGAAGGUCCCAGUCCUCGUCCUGGUGACUAGCACCCCCUCCCACCACCGUCAUCGUGACGUCAUUAGAAAUACCUGGGGGAAGCACCAGGAGACGUACUUCUUCCUUGGACUUACCCAGGACGAUGAUCGAUUGCCAGACGCCUACAUCGAAGCUAAACAGCACAGCGACCUGAUAGUCCAUGAGCUUCAAGACCAUUACCAGAACCUGACGCUGAAGGUGGCGCUGAUGCUGCAGUGGGCGCUCCGCCGCUGUCCGCGGGCAGAGUUUGUGUUCAAGACUGAUGAUGAUGUGCUGAUUAACCCGAGGACUUUGGAGACGGUGCUGGAGGAUAAUAAGGAUGCCGCGUUAUUUGGGUACAAGAAAGAGAACAGCGUACCUCACAGAGACGAGUACACCAAGUGGUACCUGCCCCGGUGGCUGUACAAUGAAGACCUGAUCCCAGAAUAUCUAUCCGGGACCGGAUAUAUCAUUAAUGGUAAAAAUCUAAAAGAAAUCUUCACCGCCGCCCUCCACGUCCCUCUCAUCAACAUGGAAGACGUGUACUUCACGUACGUCGUCGCCAGGAGAGCCCUAGGGCUCCCCCUCACCCACGACCGAAGACUGAGCCCAUACAAACCUUGGAUAUUCACUUGUCCAUACAAAAACUACGCUUCCAUACAUAGCCUUAGUCCGGAAGAGAUGGAGAUUAUAUGGCCUAAGAUUCAAAGUUUAGGGGAAAGUACAUUUUGUAGUUAUUUCACUAGUGAGUUGUUAUUGUAUUAG